CAGGCUUGGAAUGUAAGACUUGCUCGUGAGCUGAGCGGUGAAGAAAAAAAAUACAAAACACGGAGGAGUGUGUGUUAAUCUUAUGAAAGAAAGCAAGAAAGAAAUCUGCCAUAAAUAAAUCCUGAACCUGGUGCUGCUACCGAGACACUUCUGCGGAUCUUUUACGCGUUUGGAUUGUGGUUCCACUGGAGUCACAAUUUUUUAAAGGGAUAUUUCACAUUUCCAUCACUACUCUUCCUCCAUCAUCAUCAUCAUCACUCCUACACCUCGUCGUCCAGAGCCCAGGGAGAUCUUCGCGCGCCAGAUUCGCACCAUGAGCCAGGCGGACGUGUCCACAUGCUCGGCGCCGCAGCGGGUUUUCCAGGAGGCGGUGCGCCGGGGCAAUACCAAGGAGCUGCACUCCCUGCUGCAGAACAUGAGCAGCUGUGAGUUCAACGUCAACUCGUUCGGACCUGAGGGCCAGACCGCACUUCACCAGUCGGUCAUCGAUGGAAACCUGGAGCUCGUCAAGCUGCUGGUGAAGUUCGGGGCGGACAUCCGGCUGGCCAACCGCGAGGGCUGGAGCGCGCUGCACAUCGCCGCGUUCGGGGGACAUCAGGACAUCGUGCUGUACCUCAUCACCAAGGCCAAGUACUCCAACGGAGCGCGGUGAUGACCCAUGCAACUCUCUCUCUCUCGCUCUCUUUUUAUUUUAUUUUUUUUUCAAACGAACUACAGAGAAGAGACUUAAUUUCUUUUUAUUUCUGGCCAAAACGUCAGACGCUUCAUUUUAUUCACCUAAAAAAAACCAAAUUAGCGCCAUGGCUGGGCUUCAAGUGGAUAAAACAUCCUCUCACUAACUCCUGAGUGAUCUGACAUGCAUGUGCAUUGGUACUAAAGCUUUUUCUUAAUCGCCCUGAUUGUGUCAGAAACAUCAGACUUAGUGGGUUUUUUUCUGGAUGAAAGGAUAGAUGGAUGGAUGGAUGGAUGGAUGGAUGAUCGGUUGCUCCUCAAAGUUACUGAUUACUGAAAAAUAUUAUCACAAAUCGAAACACGGAUGGCACUUGAGGUAUGCUGAAAAAAAGGGAAUUUUUUUUUGGGUCAACACUGUUUCUGAGAAGCGUCUCUGAAAUGCCAUGUGGUUAUGUUGUUGUUGUUGUUGUUGUUGUUUUGCAAUCAGUUAAAGCAUUUAAUUAUAAAAGCGAAUGAAUAUUCGAAAAAAAGAGAUGUAUCUAAAUAACAGCGUAAAGUGGCGUCAAGUUAAAGUACUGUACACAAUAGCUUUACUUCUACAUCAGAGUAGUCCUGUGCGUCCUGCAGUCAUCUACAGCACAUGCUAUAGAGGUGUGUGGGGGUGUGUGUGUGUGUGUGUGUGUUUUAAAAAAGAAAAAGAAAAAAUCUGCUGCUUUUCGCUUCUCACGUCAGGAAAGAAAGUCGCGUUUGGAGUCUUGACUUUAUCAUCUUCUCAGUAUUUUUUUUCCUUCUCUUUAAUUUGAACAUUCUGGUCAUCACUGUGAAAUACAGGCUGGGCUUUUAUUUAUGAAGGUACAUUGAUGAUGAUGAUGAUGGUCAUGAUGAUGCAUAUAUAAUCCGUGAUUAGGGUCUUUGGGGGGAAUCUAAGCUGCUUUUUCUCUUUUUUUGCCCACCACCCCCUCCAAAUUAUGUGGAGAUUUCAUUUUUUUAUUUUUAUUUUUGUAGCGUUCAGUAUGCUCGCU